AGAGUAUUUGUCCACUUUCAUUUUUGCACACCAUCCAAUACACUUCUUUAAUCCAUUUUAUCUUGUAAUUUGUAUAUUAAAAAAUUAUAGAAAUUAUAUAUUAAUAAUCUAUAUGUUAAGACAAAUCAAACAAGAUCACACAUGACUAUAUUUAGGCUUACACAUUGAGAAAAUUUGAUGAGUCAAAGUGCUUAGAUGAACAGUUCCAAAAGUCAAAAGUGGACGAAUAUAGCGGGACGGAGGGAGUAAUAAAUAAAUCAACUUAAAGCUAAAAUCAUAUUUUUCUAUUUUUUAAAAUCUUAUGUGUUGAAAUAAAUUGGCAAUGUUCCGUAUAUAUUUUGAAAAAAAAUAUUUUAUUCAUUUCCUCCUUUUUUAUUUAUAAAUAUAUCCUCCAUCAUCACACAUUUUGGCCAAGCAAGUGUCCCUCUUUCCACAUAUAUAUAUGAAGAACAACAAAUCACUUUGAAGCUCGGAGAAAUUCUCUCCAAAACACACACAAAGAAAAACAAUUUUUCUCAUCUCAAAAUCCAAAAACAUUAACUAAAAGUCUCCCACAACAAAAACAACAAAACAUAUAUCAUCAAAGCAAACAAAGAUGCCUGCAGGAGGGGGAAGAACAAAGAUGAAGAAAACAUCAUCAAAGCCAUCAAUGAAUGUGCUACCAUACCAAACUCCGAGGUUGAGGGACCAUUAUACCCUCGGGAAAAAGCUUGGCCAGGGGCAAUUCGGGACAACAUACCAAUGCACAGAGAAAGCCACAGGCUUGGAAUACGCCUGCAAAACCAUACCAAAAAGAAAGCUUUUGUGCAGGGACGACUACGAGGACGUGUGGAGGGAGAUUCAGAUAAUGCACCAUUUGUCCGAGCAUCCAAACGUCGUGAGAAUCAAAGGGACGUACGAGGACAACGUUUUCGUUCACUUGGUCAUGGAGCUCUGCAAAGGCGGCGAGCUUUUUGACAGGAUUGUGGCGAAGGGGCAUUAUAGCGAGAGGAAGGCAGCGCAACUGAUGAAGACGAUAGCCGGGGUGGUUGAGGCGUGCCACUCGUUGGGGGUGAUGCAUAGGGAUCUGAAGCCGGAGAAUUUCUUGUUCGAUAGCUCUGAUGAGGAUGCCAAGCUUAAGUCCACCGAUUUCGGCCUCUCUGUUUUUUACAAGCCCGGGCAGUAUCUAUCUGAUGUUGUAGGAAGCCCAUAUUAUGUUGCACCAGAAGUGUUGCAAAAACACUAUGGAACUGAAAUUGAUGUAUGGAGUGCUGGUGUUAUUCUCUACAUCCUCUUAUCAGGUGUUCCUCCUUUCUGGGCAGAAACAGAUAAUGGGAUCUUUAAGCAAAUUCUCAGAGGCAAAAUAGACUUUGAGUCUGAGCCCUGGCCAUCCAUUUCUAAUAGCGCAAAGGAUUUGAUCAAAAAGAUGCUUCACAGAGAUCCCAAGGAACGAAUCACAGCUCAUGAGGUCUUAAGGCACCCGUGGAUUGUGGACGACACGGUUGCUCCAGACAAGCCAUUGGGCUCAGCCGUUCUGUCGCGACUGAAACAAUUCUCUGCCAUGAACAAGCUCAAGAAGAUGGCACUUCGCGUGAUUGCAGAGAGGCUGUCUGAGGAGGAGAUAGGAGGGUUGAGACAGCUGUUCAAGAUGAUAGACACAGAUGGGAGUGGAAGCAUUACAUUCGAGGAAUUGGAACAAGGGUUGAAGAGAGUCGGGUCCGAGCUCAUGGAGUCUGACAUUCGCGCUCUCAUGCAAGCGGCUGACAUUGACAACAGUGGGACAAUUGACUAUGGAGAGUUUCUUGCUGCAACACUGCACUUGAACAAGAUGGAAAGAGAGGAGAAUCUGCUGGCGGCUUUCGCCUACUUUGACAAGGAUGGCAGCGGCUAUAUAACCGUCGACGAGCUCCAACAAGCCUGCAAAGAAUUCGGGCUCGGCGAUGUUCAUCUUGAGGAGACCAUCAAAGAGAUCGAUAUCGACAAUGAUGGGAGAAUCGAUUAUGGAGAAUUUGCAACAAUGAUGAGGAAAGGAAAUGCAGGGCUUGCAGCUAGAAGUAUGAGAGGCAACUUGAAUUUCAACUUGGCUGAUGCCUUUGGAGCAAAUGAUCAUCAUCAUACACAAUGAGAUUCAUGAAUCAUUCAUUUAUCACACUAACCCUAUGUAUGCAAAUGCUCGUUUAAUUUGUACAAGUAACUUUUUUCUUUUUUCUUUAAACCUUUUGUAUAAGAGUAUAUUCUAUAAGAGUAUAGAAUAUUAGGACAAUUGAAGAAUAUUUUGUAUCUCAUCAUAUAUAUUCUUCGUGCUCUAUAUUACUCUCUUUUGUUGCAAAGUUAUUUUUUCAUGUAAAAAUGACAUAAAGAUUAAAAGUUGAA